GGGCGGGCCCGCCCGUGUCGGAAGCAGACGUGUGUGUUGCGGGAGGAACGGGAAGCCAUGGCGGCGGCCGAGCCCGAGUGGGAGCCGACGGGGCUGCUGCCCACCCCAGGGGGCGGCCUGGACUGGGAGGCGGUGCUGGGCGAGGAGCUGAACGAUCUGCUGGGCGCUGCGGCCCCCAAGGACGAGCCCGACGAAAAUGAUCUCUAUAACUUACAAUUUGAUUUGGAUUUGAUGUCUUGGGACUCGGACCUUUGGAAUAUAACAGGUCAUGCCUAUGCAGAUGCAAAUGUGAAGACAGAACCUUUAUCACCAGCCACUUCAAGCUGCUCGGUCCCUUCACCACCAUCUGUGGACUCUCCAGUGCAGAAUGUGCCUGAUGAUGUGGACUUCAGCUGCAGUUCCCAGAUGUCUCCCAUCUCUCUCUACAGCAAGAGCUGCAGAAGCCCUGCAUCCCCUGAAGGAGAUGGAGCGAAGAAACCUGCUGUGAGCAUCUCUUAUCGAUCUGGAAAUAAUUCUGCCAGGAGCCUGAAGAAGUGUGGUCAGACAGUGUCCAGGCCUUUGCUACAACCCAAGCCCCUUUUGCCUGCUGUGCCUGAAGCUCAGGCUAACAUAGGCAUCCCAGCUAAAACCAUCAUUAUUCAGACUCUUCCCACGCUUGUGCCACUGCCAAAGAAUCAGCCAGUUGUUAACAUCCAGCCAGCACCUCCUAAAGGUCCAUCCGUGGUGCUGCCCCAGCCUGCUGUGGUACAGCUCCAGGCUUCUGGGGUGCUUCCUGCCUCCCAGCCAGUCAUUGCAGUGGCUGGAGGGGCCCCAGCUCUCCAGAACCAGGUGGUGAAGGCGCUGUCUGCAGCUGCUGGGAGCGGCUCCAGCAGCGGCAAAGUCCCGGUGACAAAGCCCCUGCUCCAGAGCAGUGCCCCAGCCACGGGGCUGGAUGUCAAUGUCUUGAGGCGGCAGCAGCGCAUGAUCAAAAACCGCGAGUCAGCCUUUCAGUCACGCAAGAAAAAGAAGGAGUACAUGUUGGGACUGGAGGCCAGGCUGGAGGCAGCUCUGCUGGAGAAUGAGAAACUCAAGAAAGAAAACAGCACGCUGAAGAGGCAGCUGGAUGACAUGGUAUUAGAGAACCAGAAGCUCAGAGUAUCAUCUCCAAAGAGAAGGACGCUGUGUGUGAUGGUGAUACUGGCCUUUAUAAUGUUGAAUUAUGGUCCAUUGAGUGUAUUUGAAAAGGAUCCCAGUGGAGUGGAUUCCACUGUGAGUUCUAACCACCGGACCAGAAAUCUUCUGGAGUUCUCAGGUGCCCAGGAGUCCAGCACAGGUCAGAACAUACCUGAGGGCAUCAUUUCUGAGGAGAGUAACAGGUAUGACCAUUCUGUAUCUGAUAACAAAGCACUAAUGAUAGUCUCAGAAGAGCCACUGUUAUAUAUUUCACCACCCCCACCCCCCUGCCGGCCUCUGAUCAACAGGACAGAAUCUCUGAGGCUGACCCACGAGCUGCGAGGAUGGGUGCACAGGCACGAGGUAGAGCGCACACGGUCCCGGCGCCUCAGCAACAGCCAGCAGCAGCAGAGAGCACGAGUGCCACAGAGCUCUCUCAGUGAUAAAGCAGAUUCCCAGCUAAUGGCCAUGCCUUACACAGACACCAGUCUCAGCAGGAACUCAGGGAAUGAGCUGCAAGUGUAUUAUGCCUCUCCCAGGAGCUAUCAAGACUUCUUUGAAGCAAUUCACCGGAGGGAGGACACGUUCUAUGUGGUGUCAUUCCGCAGAGACCACCUGUUACUGCCAGCCACCACACACAACAAGACCAGGAGACCAAAGAUGUCUAUCGUGCUGCCAGCUGUAAACAUCAAUGAGAAUGUGAUCAAUGGGCAGGACUACGAGGUGAUGAUGCAGAUUGACUGCGAGGUGAUGGACACCAGGAUCCUGCACAUCAAGAGUUCAUCUGUCCCUCCAUACCUCCGGGAGCAGCGCAGGAAUCACAGCCACCCCUUCUACAGCUCGUCCCCUUCAGUCCCAGAGACGCCUCACACCCUCAGGGCCAUUGUCAAGUCCCUGCAGUAGCUCCUGUGACAUGCACAGGGCAGCACCCGGCAUGCAGCACAGGUCCUGCCACCAGCCUGAACCCCUCCCCUGGCAGUCUUGGGGCUCCUGGCCUGUGGGCACAGCAGGGACAGUCCCCUUGUGCCCAUUGCUGGGCCUCACCUUGCCCAGUGGCCCCGUCCUGCCUGGGAUUAUGCAGCUCAUCUGUCUCCUGGCCAGGGACAGUCCCGAGGACCCCACACAGUGUGGAGGACAGGAGCCAUCCCUGCCACUUCUGCACUGUCCAGAUUUGGGGCUGUUCUGCAUUUUUGUCCCUGUUAGGCUGCUGGAGGUGGGCUGAUGAACCAGAGACAUGGCAGCAGACAUCCACUCUUGGGGUCACACCCUGCAGAGUGCCUGGGCAGCAGGAGGAGGCUGUGUCCAGAUCCCAGCUGCAGGUGCUGGACCUGACCAGGCAGCCCCAGUCUUCAUCAUUCCCUGCCCAAAUUCUGCCUGCACAGCCUCCCUCAGCAUGAAGCCCUGGGAUGCAUCAGUGUGGUGGGGCAGCCCUGCCCUGCCCAGCCCCCCAGGAGGGUGCUGGGACCCCCACUCACCCCUAAAGCACUACAAGCAGAACAGCCCCAGUGCCCCGGAGCUGGGCUGCCUGCUGAGGCACUGCCCACCUCUGCCCAACUGCCUAGCUCUCCAGGCUCCUGCUGCUGCCUUCCCCACCCCAGGGGGCUGCACAAAAGGCUUGGCCCAAAGGAAGUGAUUUCAUGCAGCAGAUGCAUUUGUAAAAUUUGGGCUUUUUGAGUUUGUCAUUUUGUUUUCUUCCUGGA